GCCAAAAAGCCAGUCUGCGCAACUCCACCCCUUACACCUAUAAAAGCCAACGAACAUUUUUGAACACACAGUCGACAAAUUUUUAGAUAAACUAUCUAAUCGUUGUUAUUCCAGAAGACCAAAAAAUCCGAGAAAAAAUGAAAUCCUCACUGGUAUUAUUCUUCUUCGGUGUGAUAGCAUUCUUCUGCCUGUCCAAGGCUUCCGCUUCGGUGAUCAGCUGCCCCCCCAACGGUUAUUACCAAGACGUAAAUCCAAAAAUCAGCCAAAUCUGCAUGGCUAUUGAACAGGCUCUCAGCGAUUCAUCAUCCCCGAAGGAAAAUAACUACUUUUCCAGGAUGCUGGAUGAAAGGAAUACGAACCUGAACGCCAAAAGACAGGAUGUUGACCACGUAUUCUUGAGAUUUGGACGUGCCGGACUGUAAAGAAGUAAAAGUAUAAUAAACUGCAAUAUUUUCUGUUACUCCCUUCAUAUUGUUUAAAAUUCGUUCUAACAAUUGACGUUUAAAACGGUGAAAAAAUAAGCUUAAAUUGUAUGCAUUUUGUAAAAGAAAAUGUGCAUUUCAUUUAGUGUAUUUAGUUUUAUGUGCCGAGUAUUUUGUUUCUGUCUGAUUUAACUAUUCAUGUAAAUGUUGGGGUAAAUCGAAAAUAAUAAAUAUAUAUUUAUAAAAGUC